GUGGCGAGGGGAGCGUGGUGUAGCGAGUAAGGGCGCGGAGAGAGGAUAUAAGCACCAGAGGAAGGCACAAUGGGGGAGAAGAGACGGACUCCACACGAGCUGCCACGGACCCAAACCUUCCAGUCAGCCAGGAGGACCUGCGCUGACUUGCGAGCGACACAAGCCAGGCUGAGAGAGAAGCUGGGAACGUUUAGGACUGUUUACUUUGGCGGACUCGCUACACUGGUGCCGAAACCCGGGAAGGAAGUAGGAGGGACACCGCCGUCAUGCAGGCAGCGUCGGGCACGCCGUUUGCGGACAUCAUCGCCUCUCUCGCGGUCCUUCACCGCGAACAACACCAGGCCCUGCUGGAUCUACGGAGUGACCACGAGCUCCGGUUCCAGACCAUCUUCCAGGCUCAGCGAGAGGACCGCGAGAGUUUCCGGAGCUGGAUGGGCCAGGGGGUUCGGGCAGAGGCGACCGCACCCGCGCCAACCGCCGCGUUCCUGCCGCUAUCGAAGAUGGGGCCGGAGGAUGACCCAGAGGCGUUCCUCGACCUCUUCGAAAAGACGGCGGAGACUAGCGGCUGGCCCCCGGAGGAUUGGGCGAGGCGUCUCCUGCCUCUGCUAUCGGGGGAAGCGCAGCUGGCGGCCCGGCCACUGCCCAUCCAGAACCUCCUGGUCUUCGACGACCUGAAGAGGGCCAUCCUCCAGAGGGUCGGCCGCAGCCCGGAGGAACAUCGGCAGCGAUUCCGGUCGCUGGGGCUGGGCGAAAGCGGCCGUCCCUUCGUGAUGGCCCACCAGCUCCGGGAUUCGUGCCGCAAAUGGCUGCUGGCUGGGAACGGUGACGUCGAGGACAUCAUCGACCGCGUGGUGCUGGAGCAGUUCAUCGCCCGGCUGCCUAAGAAGACGGCCGAGUGGGUCCAGUGCCACCGCCCGACGUCGCUGGACUCAGCCAUCCAGCUGGCGGAAGACCAGAUGGUGGUGUGCCCCGGGGUUGGCGAAUCCCUUCCGGCUGUUUCUCUCUCCUCUAAGGAGGCUGUUUUUUUUCCCCCCUCUUCUCUCUCCCCCUCUUCUCUCUCUUCUCUCCCUCCUGUCCCUGCACCCAGGUCCCGGGCUCCCGGUCCACCACGAGUGCCGCCGCGGCGACGGUUCCCACCGGCCGCGAGCUACCCGAGCGCGUUCCGUGCUCCACCCCGCGAAGUCCCGGAAGGCAAUGGGUCCAAUUUCUCUCCGCGCCCGUCCCGUGCUCCACUACCCGCCACUCGGAUGGCGGAGACGCCUGGGCCGGCCUGUUGGCGCUGCGGGGACCCGGACCAUUGGGUCGAUCGGUGUCCAGUGAUGGAGGUCGGGACGAUGAUCCGGGUUCCCGACACGCCACAGGCUGCCCCCGGUCAGAGCGGAGAGUACCAAAUUCCUGUGAGUAUAGGGGGAGGUACAUACCCGGCUCUGGUGGAUUCCGGUUGCAACCAAACCUCCAUCCAUCAAAGCCUGGUUCGGCCCGGGGCAUUGGAUAACAGCCGCAUGGUUCGGGUACGGUGCAUACACGGGGAUGUGGUGAGAUACCCUUUAAUCCCCGUCUUUAUUCAAUUCCGGGGAGAAAAGCAUAGAGUGGAGGUGGCGGUUAACCCACACCUACGACACCCGCUGAUCUUGGGAACCAAUUGGCCUGCAUUUACGGAAUUAUUGGGGUAUUUGUGUGCGGGUGUCGCUUGGGGUCCAAAGACACAGGGAGUCGGCGCGGUUGUACAGGCGGGGGAGGCUGUUACAGGGGAAGCGCGCGGUUCCGAGGGGCGAAUCCUCUCGGAACGCGAUGACUUCCCUCUGGAACAGUCCCGGGACGAAUCCCUCAAGUUCGCCUGGGAACAGGUUCGCUGUAUAGACGGCCAACCCCUCCAGCCUGACCAACCGCGCUCCUACCCUUAUUUUGCAAUUAUAAAAGACCGGUUGUAUCGAGUGGCCCAAGACGCUCAAACAAAAGAAGAUACAACCCAGUUGUUGGUACCACGGGGCCGCCGGGAAAUGCUUUUCCAGGCGGCACAUUGUAAUCCUAUGGCGGGGCAUUUAGGACAAAACUCGACACUAAACCGUCUCAUGGCCCGAUUCUUUUGGCCGGGCAUUCACGAGAACGUACGCAGAUGGUGCGCGUCGUGUCGUGAAUGUCAGCUGGUAAACCCUUCGGCCUCCCCAAAAGCGCCAUUGCGCCCUCUACCGCUAAUGCAGGUCCCCUUCGAUAGAAUUGGUAUGGACCUCAUCGGGCCAUUAGAGCGGUCAGCGAGAGGACAUCGAUUUGCAUUAGUCUUAGUAGAUUAUGCAACCCGAUAUCCCGAGGCAGUGCCGCUCCACAGCAUUUCGGCUAAAAGCGUGGCGGAGGCACUGUUUCGCGUCAUUUCCCGCGUGGGGAUCCCCCGGGAGAUCCUCACGGAUCAAGGCACGGCGUUCAUGUCACGCACAAUACGCGAGCUGUAUGAAUUACUGGGCAUUAAAUCGGUCCGUACCAGCGUCUUUCACCCUCAAACAGACGGCUUGGUCGAACG